UUCGCGGUGCUGGAUACUGGGCAUAUAAUCCUAGUCCAAUGCCCACCUGAGCGCAAUUAGUAUUUUUUUCUCUUUUAUCCAUGGAAAUGAAAUUCUUCUUCUGACCCACCAUCCGUUUGGCUUGGCGAGACUCCCAGGGGCCAUCGGCAUUAAUAAUUUUAUUUUUACUAAUUGGUUGUUUAGUUUAGUUGUUAGUUGUUGGCUAGGUUUACCGUUUUGCUAUCUCUGAUUUAUAUUUACAUUUUGUCCUGUAAUCUAUAAUGAUCUUGCCAUAAUAAUUUCAGUCUGCAUGAACCAAUAAUGCUAGGAAGAAAAAUGCUUGAGGGAAAUUCUAAAUCAAAUAACAAGACUUUCCAGAAAUCGAGUCCAGAAAAUUUAGAUAACUCCUACUUUGUAGCACCUGUAGUUUUGGAGAAUGAACAGCCAGAUGUACCUCUCAUCUUGCAAAACUACAUUAUUAAACAAAUUGAUGAGGGUGUUGUCGAGUUUAUCGUCUCUAACUCGAAGGAGCUUUUUAGGAAAAUUUAAUAGAAUGUGAAAGAAAUAAAUUCCAAAGUGAUAAGACCCUAGUGGAAGACUCAGAUAAAAAGCAAAUCAACAUUUUAUGUUCUUCCAAUUUACCACAUAAUGGGAUUGAAAGUGUUAUUAAACACACUCCAAAAAUGAUAACAGAUAUAAACGAGGAGUAUUCUAAUCCAUAUUAUCUGAAAAUCCCAGAAGGGGGAAAUAUAUUCAAAAUGAGAUGUUCAAUAUGUAAGCAGAUGUUUAAUAAUCUUGCAACGUUCAGAAACCAUAUGGCUAGUCACAAAGCUUCAAAAACUUUCAGUUGUCUUAAGUGUGCUCUAGGUUUUAAUAUAGAAAAUAAUUUGAAAGUCCACAUGGUCACCUUACACAACGCUUACAGAGACAUAUGUCCCAUUUGCAAACUUAAAUUUCACAGGAUGGCUAGUUUAAAGUCACAUAUUUUAAUUCAUCAAGUUGAAGAAUUAUUGGUGUGUGAAGAAUGUGAUGCUGAAUUUGAAUCUGAUGAGGAACUUAUGAAACAUAUGGAGAAUCAUGCCAGAAAGAAAGUGGCACAGUCUAAAGACAAAGACUUGGUUUGUUCAUAUUGCAAAUUGGAGUUUAAGACAUUGACAGAGUAUAAAACACAUAUUUCUUUACAUUUAGAGGUGAGACGAAAUAUUUUGAGGGGUAAAAAGAGUCGAAAAAGAAGGUCUUCUAAAAAGGGGCCCUAUUCUUGCAAAAUGUGUGGCAAAAUAUUUGCAAAAAAUUGCCUGUUGCUUAGGCAUGAAAGGAUACACACUGGCGAGAAACCAUUUCUGUGCCCAUUUUGCAGUAAGGGAUUUUCCCAAAAAGGCACCUUACAAAUCCACAUGAGACACCAUACUGGAGUUAAACAAUUUUCGUGUACACUUUGUACAGCAAAAUUUUAUCAAAAAGGAAACUUAAGGGCCCAUAUUGAAAAGACUCACACUGCUCCAAAAAAUAACCAAAAAAUGUACAAAUGUUCCCAAUGUACUUGCAUCUUCAAAAAAAUAGCAACACUGAAUGGACAUGUUACCAAGGUCCAUGUGAAUCAAGUAACAAAUGAAUAUAACGCCGAAGAUGACAUCCUCACUCAAGUGAUGAACAAUUUGAAAGUACUUGAGUCUCAAAGAUGUUCACCUAAUGCCGGUAUUUCUGAAACAGUGAAAGAAAACAAUGAGGAUAACGAAUUGAAGGAAGAUUUGGGUGUUGUAAAAGUAAGUGAAUCACAUGCCAGCGGGUCGUUGAGGCGAUACUUGGUGAAACAAAUGAAGGUGGGCGAUGUUCGGUGGUACUUUUGCAAUUACUGUCCCAAGAGAUUCAAAAAACCGUCAGAUGUCAUAAGACAUAUUCGAAUACAUACUCAAGAAAAACCUUUUAAGUGUUCCAAAUGUAGCGUCAGUUUUGGGCUCAAAUCCACUCUGUUAACCCAUGCAAAAACGCAUGCCAAGGUCCUCAUCUGUCCUUACAAUUCCUGUGAUAGUAGUUUUAAAAGCACAAAGGCCUUCAAUGCUCACGUCAGAGCCCAUGAAAAGGCUGAUACACCCAAUUUUCGUUGUGUUCUCUGCAACGAAUAUCUUUGGACCAUGGAUGAAUGCAAAUCUCACAGAAAACUGCACAAAAAUGAAAUUCUCGGUGGUUAUAACAUUAUUGAACCAUGCUUGCAGCAGCCCUUAUUUCAAACAGCCUAUGGUUCUUUGACUGUAAAACCUCCUAAACCAAAAAUUCCCAACUCUGGUCUAGAGUCUUCAGAAGAGCGGCCCCAUUCUUGCAAUAUUUGCGAUGCUAAAUUUGCGAGGCAUCUGUCGUUGAAGAGGCACUUGCAGUAUCACAAUGGGGAGAAAAAAUUCAAAUGCAAUUUGUGUUCCAAAGCGUUUUUAACCAACUACCGGUUAAAAGAACACUUGAACUACCAUAAAAAUAUAAGAAAUUAUCAGUGCCAGAUUUGUAGCAAAAAAUUUGUAACCUCCUCUCUAUUGAAGAGGCAUUUGAUUGUUCACAACACUUUUAAACCUUACUCUUGCCCUUAUUGCAAAAAAGAUUUCAAAACUCUGCUGCUAUGUCGAAUGCAUAUUAGGCAGGUUCAUAAAUUAGAAGAGACUCCUGUUAUACAGAUGACUGGCAAUACUUAUUCGUCAGAGUCUGAACAAGUUAUGAAAGAAGUACCUGAUGAUUUUAAUAACAUAGGCAAUGGCAACGAAUUAAUUUCACAACAAGAGGCAACAUUAUUAAAUGAAAAAGUACACGACCCGGGUCAUGUCAACUAUCAGACUGUUUAUCUAAAUCUAGCUGACGUGGGAAUACCGACCGACGGUAACAUAGCUGGUAAUAAUAUGUUUUCAACCUUAAAAUUACAGGAGGAUCCAUUGCUUUUUAAUUCAAUAAAUGAUAUGCAAGAAUCGAACAUACUGUUUAAUGGCGAUAAGCCAUCUGAUACGGUGGAUCCGAACAUAGUAAUAAAAGCAACAGUACCGACUGAUAAAACCGAUGAUACUGAAGAAUUGUGCGUUAAAAACCACUCCGGUAUCGAGAGAACAAACUUAGACAAGUUAAUUAGUAAUUUUUCUAGUAAUUUCCCGACACCUAUCGAAGAAACUGAAGCCCCAGUCGAAACCAACGAUAUUUUUCGCGACGCUCAAGUCAUGUGCAUCCAUUGUCACAAGGUUUGUCCCAACAUGGACGAUUUUCAGCGACACACUUGUAGCAAAGAAGUCAAGAUGGCAGUUACAAAUUGGUCGGAGCCAAUGUUAUCCAAAAUACCUAAAAAGCUUGAGGAAAACGUAAAUCAGGAUACGACACUUUCUAAAUGUAAUUUCUGUAAUGAAAUGUUUGCAAAUGAAUCCCAAUACAAGAAGCACGUAAUUUCCAUUCAUGGAGAUGGAAAAAUAUGUAGAUAUUGUCUAAAAGAGUUCCAAAAGCCUUCCGACUUGAAACGGCAUCUUAGAACCCAUACAGGCGAGAGACCCUAUGGCUGUAUACUUUGCGAGAAAAAGUUUUCGCUAAAAUCAACAUUAGACACCCAUAUGAAAACUCAUGAUACUGUCCAAAAAAAUAUAGUUUGUGGUGUUUGCAAUUCAGCCUUUUCUUCAAAGUCAAGCCUUAAAGUUCACAUGCUGCUUCAUACAGGUGAAAGGCCCUAUUCGUGUUCCUUUUGCAAGCAGACUUUUCGAACCGCGACAAUUCGCAAGGCACACGAAAACGUAAAUCAUUUAAACCGGAAGUCACCACAUGCCAGCAAGCGCAAACAUGCGACGCAGUUAUUAAAAGCGGUAGCUGAAGAAGUUAUCUCCAAUGUUGAGUCGGAGCCUGGAAUCAAUACGGAACCACAACCCACAAUUCAGGAAACCUCCCCAAACAUUGUGGCAUCGGAGACGCUCGGCUUGGAUCCUUUAAUUUUGUUACAACAAUUACAUCAGCCACAUCUAAUUUUGACAGAUAUGAAUGAAGCCGUUCCGAUUAACUUAAAUGAUGUAACGUUUGUCGACUAUAAAUUAUUGGGCGCCGAUGGGACCGCUAUCACGUUCGAACAGAACGAGACAAUAGACUCUAGUUUGUUCCAGGAUAAUCAACAAAAGAGUGUUGCAAGUGUCCAAAAGAAGGUAAAUUUGCGGAAAAAGGAAACGCAAAAAGUGGAAUGCAACAUUUGUCACAAGCUUUACGCUUCGAAGGAUGUAUUGAGGAAACACAAGAAAAAGGUUCACGGGCAAAAUAAAAAGUUUCCCUGCAUCAAGUGCGACAAGGGAUACGAUAACUUGGAGGAAUUGAACCGGCACAUUAAGUUACACACUGGUUACCGACCGUUUGCGUGUCAGUAUUGCCCGAAUAGUUUUACCGAGGAGCAGAAUCUCAAAACCCAUGUUAAACGAAUCCAUCAAAAAUCGAUGGUUUCCCAAGAAACAGCGAACGCUCUGCUGAACCUACAUUUUGAUUUGCCUGUAGAGGAGAGCAGUAGUAUACUUUAAAUAUUUAGUCGUUUUAAAUAACCUAGUUUUGGAAUGGUAUGUAAAUUUUUUGUUAAAUAAUGAUAAAUUUAAUGCUCUAAGUUUUAUAUUAUUGCAUUUUGUAACAGUGAUUUAGUUUUG